UCCAUUCACCAUUUCACCUUCCCUCCCGCAGCAACGCCAAACCAUUCCACCGGAAUUCGAAAACCUAGCGCGCGGUGCCUCCGCCUCCGCCUUGCCGGAGCCCAGCACCGAUGGCGGCUGCAGCUGGGAGGUACGGCAACCUCGAAACGUCGUUCAAGCUCGCCGCCCGCUCCCUCCUCACCGCCUUCUCCCGCGAGGAUGUUAACAAGGCUUUCUCGUCGUUCACGGAUGCCCAGAAGGAGCGCCUGUACCAAAUGUUCAUAUAUGCGAUCAAGUCUUUGCAUGAAAACAUAGAGGAGGAAUUCCAAAAUUUCUGCGAAGAAAUAGAUAUUGCUACUGCCCUCGAGAAGGUAGAUCAAUUUGUUGAAGAGCAAAGUCUGGAUGUAUUAUCUUCAGACAACACUAGCAUUGAAGACAUCAAGGAAAGGACAUCAAAGGCAAAAAAGGAUGAGAUUGAGCGUUUGAAAGGUUUACUGGAGAAGGCUGAAGAAAGGAACAGCACCAUGAAGGCCCGAAUCGAACACUUAAAAGGAGGGGAGGAUUUCAAUGACUCAUGUUACGUCUCCAAUAAGCUGAAGCAAUGGAAUUCUGCAUGUCAGAACGACAAUGAUAGCUGAGCUCCUCUGAUAGUGCUCCUCUAGUCUAAAAGACAUCUGAUGUAUAGCGUGUAGUGUAGAUUGGAGCUUGUGCUCCCUCCAUGAGCCUGAAUGCCAAGGAACUUAUCAUCUGCUGCUGUUUGUUGUGUUCUGUAUCUUCUUUGGCCUAUGUGUGCUUUGCUCAGGUCCCUGGGGAAAGUUCUGGUUCCACUGUUCUCCCUGAUUCUCAGUUUGUGUACCAAAUUGCCAUAGCAAAACUCCACUAAAAAUAUGUGUGUGUUUAUCAAAAAAUUUUAUGAUCGUUCAAA